AUGAUUGGUGAAGCAAGUUUCAAUUUGCUUGAUCAUUCUUGCCUUUGUGCUCUUUGCCGCCUCUCGUGGCUUAUAUUUAGCGUCUUCGGGUGUAUCAUCGACAAGCUCGCAUCAAUCCCACUUGCCUUGAAGUACACCCAGACGUGCAUCAAGCUUGGCAGCGAAUGCAAAUUCACUUGGCGAUGGAUUGUCGAUCGCGGUGGGAGCAUACGGACCACGACUCCAGCCAGUCCUAAAUAUAAUCUGGAACUGGCUUCGAGACACUUGACGAUUCGAAGCGUUUUAAUAAACAAAUUCGGCAGAGCGCAGUCUACCCAAAUAAGUUAA